CUAUCUCACGACAGGCCCCAGGGGAUAUGAACAACAAGUCCUGUGUCUUCUCUUGUCACUAUUUCUCUGCACAUGCCGCCGCCGCGACUGGCCUAUCCUUAGCCUAAACCUUCGCAGGCGGUCGGUCUCGGAGUCCUUCCGCCAGGCCAGCCCCUCGUUGAUAUCACGUUCCCUCACGGGCAUUCUUUUUUCCUCGGCCGCAUAGACACCCCAGCCGCCAAUCCAUCCGCGUCUUGGCCUGUGAGGCCGUCGGCCCUCACCGAUGCGCUUCAGUGACUGCUGCUGGUGCAAGGACAUUGUGAGAUUGCUCUUAGGCGUGUGGAGAGUCGAGGUGCGGGGCUCUUCCUCCUCAUCAACACCCUCUGACUCUUCCCGAGUGGCUGACACAACACAACACAACACAACACACACACACGUGCCCGGAGACAGAGAGGGAUAGAGGGAGCGGCCAAACACACACGACAGACACGUACAUUUGUCGCAGAGUGGGAAGAGCACCCGGCCUGCCCUGAAGCUUCCCCCGGUGCUGAUGGUCCGUGAGGUGUCAUAAAGAUUGCACCACGUGUCUCCCACACUGUCGGGGUGCCGCUCCCGCUGGACCUCAUAGCAGCCGAUGAACGGCACUCUAUACUUGAGCAUCUCAUCCAACAAAUAGCCCCUGCAAGGCAACACAGUAGGUAGAGCACCUGAUCACACCAGAGAGAGACACCCAGAGAGAGUAUCCAUUGGCGGGCACGAUGUGUUGUGUGAGUGUGUGUCUUGGUGUCUCUCUCCCUCCCCUGUCCUUCCUGCCUGCAAAGCAUGUCUUGUUCCGGCUUCCCCCUAUAUGUGUCGUGCAUGCUGUAAUGGGCGAUCUGGUGCACGGGGCCGGUGGACACCCCCAUCACACGAGACCGCCGAGCCGGACCCUCACUGUGGUCACACGCCAUACCCUCAGCUAACACAUACACACACACCGCCACAACAGGGGUGCAGAUGUGAUAUGUGUAUAGGCAGGACUGGCUGGCUGGCUGGCCCACCAGUUUCGCUCCUCAUGGCUUGGACAAAGCAUCCAUCAGAGAUGGAGCAUGGGCGCUUGGAAGCCGGGUCAUAUAGUUUGUACCCGGACCACACGCCACUCCGAGACUCCCAACGGUCGGCGCGCUUGCACAACGUGCAUGUUGACGAAGUCUCGUUCCCCACCUCAGCCUGAGUGAAGGAGGGAGACAAACAGACACACAGAAACGACAGACAGAAAGAAAGGACGAUGUCCUCUUGGCGCUUGAUUUGUGAAGCGCUGCAGCCUCCCUCGCGGCCGUCCGUCCACCUGGAGUGAGUAUGCGGCACAUAGUGGCUGGAGUGUGCAUUCGCCUCUGCACACGGUUUCCUUCCUGGACCUGUCUGUGCCAUACGCCUGGCCCAGCCAGUCCAUCUCACGCAUCACGUCACCCGUGCACUUGAACCCAGGCUUCAUUUCGUACUCGAACGGAUAACCGCACAACUUGCUCGGGUGGGAGACUGAUCACCACACAGACAGACACACGUUUCGAUCCACAAGGGACCGAUGGGGAGGAUGUCUGAACAAAUCAGUGAGUGUGCAAGCACAUUUUUCGCCGAGCCAGAAGUUGGUGGUUGAGUCAUCGUCGUAGCUGCAGGUGAACUCCUUGUUGACGUUUUUGUAGUAGCCGAAGUUGUCUUCCCCGCCCUUCUUGGCCCGCGUAACCGACUUGUCCGGCGCACACGCGCCCUCCGCCGCCUUGCUAGAGUCCACGUGAAAGUCGUACUUGCCCAUGCCCUGGCUGAAGGGGAGGGCACAUGGGCUGGGGGCGUUGCACGAGUCACCACGAAUGUCGUAGCUGCAUUGGGAGGGGAGGGGGGACCGUAGGAAAGUGAGCCGUUGGGGUGUCUGUCUCUCUCGGUUGUGGCUUGGCUUACGAGAGUAUGUCGAUGCACUGGUCCUGGGCCUCGAAUGCGAUCGGGAAGGGGUCUCCCCAAGUGAGCUCGACCAGUAUGUAGUCCCGGCUCUGGGACGUGUCGAAGUUGCAUGUGGCCAUGAAGUGCGUCCAGGCAGCGUUGGGGUCCUCAAGCAUCGCCUUGAGCACUCCUGCACACACAGAAAUAUAUGCACAGCUGCUGUCGGCCUGCGUCACACAAUUCAUUCGUCACACGCACCAUAGUUGACAUUGAACGACUCCUUCGGCGGUUCCUUGACCAGCUUGUCCAUAGUGGCCAUUCUGACGCCAGCGGCCACGACAUCGGCGGUGAAAGGAACUCCCCGGAAGCCUCCCGGCACGCUGUAGUCGGCAAGGCGGAUCGACCUUAUGAAUGUCCAAAUGUGGCCCCGCUCCCUGUCGAAGACGCAGUAUGUCCGGGUGGCCUUGCCCGCCACGUUGAACGUGUAUAUCCCAUUGGAUGCAUCGCGAUUCUGCAACACCACCGCACUGCACCCGGGGGAGGCUGCAAGGAAACAAAACACCACACGUGCGAACUGCGGGAGACACAGACGGCAGGCUUACGGAAAGGCAGCAUGGCGAUGUCGAUGCCCUUCUCAACUUUCACAGAUACAUAUCGCAGCAAAUCAAAUCAAAUCAGCACAGGGCUCCCUCCACCCAUGCUUUGUCCCUUCCUUCCCUACCCAUGUGGUUGACGUAUUUUGUCCAUCCCCUGACUUGCUCCGGCCUGACGUUCUUCUGCACUGGCUUGGUGGGGUCGGGGCACGACUGCAGGCAGCACAGGGACGCCCGUGGGUCAGACGGGUUCUCGUAGUAGUUGAACGCGUUGCAGAGCUCCGCCUCCUGGAUGGCCUCGCACUCAGACAUGCACAGGUCGACGGACGGCACCGCCGGCACACACCCGCCCCCCACGGCGAGACACCCGAUCACCCAGUCAUCGCCCACGCCCACUUCGUGCCAAUCUCCAGUGCCCUCUGAGGUAGGGAUGGAUGCCACACGCAGAGGUCAUGUGGUGAUUGUUUCAAUCCACAAGUGGCUUGGCUGCGUGUCUGGCCUGGUUGACCUACCUUGGCAUAUGAUGUCCUUUUGCAUAUCGGUGACGAUUCGGUCGAAGAAGUGUGGAAUCUUGCUGGCUGAGCACUCCAUGGUGAGUGGGUUGUCCCUGUCGCACGUCUUGAGUAUCUUGUGAGUGCCCUUUGUCGUGUGCUCACGCAUCCGGCCAAGGAUCUCGCUCGGGUGCUUGACGCGGCAACAUCCCUGGCUGCUCUCGGGGGCCACGACUGGGCUCACACACGGACAGGCCCACACAGACACUUCAUGAGCCUUGCAUGCGAGACACGGUCGGUCCCUUGUGUCGGCCGUACCGAUUCUCUUCCUGACGAAUGUCUGCCCCGGCUCUCUGACGAUCAGGUAGACAUCGGGGAACGCCUUGCCGCCAACCACAGCCCGCACGAAUCGGCCCACAAAGUCGUUGGGCACCAGAGGCGGGCCCUCGAGCAGCUCCAACUCGGCCGUCGGGACCUCUUUCACCAACACACAAGGGUCGCCUGCGCAUCAAUCGGGGGAAUACAUGAAACGAUAUAUGCCGAUACUUCGUGUUAAGCCUGGUCUGUCCGGUGCCAUUAUCACGUGACCGACCGUAUGUUGUGUCUUUGCAUUCGGUAUACGUGGCCCGUUUGAAGAGACAGAGCGGCUCGUCAUCCCCGACGUCGAACCGGCUUGUCCCCAUGCACCAGUCGCGGUAGUCGAGGCCAAAGAGGUCGAGGAAUGCCGGCAUGGGCAGCACAUCCAAGAAGAAGAUCGUGUCGUUCUUGGCGUGCCGCUGAAAUCGGUAGCGCAUACCUGCAUGAAGUGACACAGACAGAUGCAGAGAAAUCAAGGGGCCAAUACGUGUGGCAGGCCAGAUGGAGGCUGCUCACGCGGAAUGUUUGCGGAGAUGUUGACUGCAAGAGGCACGCCAACACGACAAGGAGGGAGGGAGACACAAGAAAUGAAUGUCAUUGAAUGCCUCCCCUCUCUCUCCCUCUUUUCUCUUUCCGCCCAUCUGAUCUGCGUGUAUGUAUCACUUCACUCAUGAAUGAUUUUACUCGCUGGCUGGCUGGCUUACAUUCGUCGCAGCCAACCGUCACCUCAUCGCCCACGAUGAAGAAGCGGCCCUCCUCCAUUAUCGCCGCCUCGUCCUUGGUCAGCGACAGCCACGCCAGCUCCGCCGCCAUGCUGCUCGCGUCGCCUUCGCCAGGCUUGCUCACGCCACCCUCGUCACUCGAGCCAUCACUGCCGCUGUCAUCGCCGCUGUCGCCCGCUCGGCGCACCCGGACCUCGACGAACUUCGUCUCAGGUGCGUGGUGGUAGCUUCGUAGUGGCGGCAGCUCGUCCACCAGAUGUGACCGGGGCUUGCCUGGCGGCUUCUUCCCGGACGGACGGCCGGCCGCUCUUGCGCGAGUUUCGGCGAGGAUUGUCUUUGCGGUCUCACUGAUGGUCUGCAGGAAUGCCUUGAGUGUCGACGGGCCCACAGGCGACAGCCGGCGGAACAAGGAAUCCACCGAUUCCUGAUCCAUUGGAGCCGACGGCGGGGCGCGCUCGGGCGGCCUGGUGGAAUUGCUUGCUGGCUCGUCGGCUGCCUUCUUUGCUUCAUCGCUCGGCGGGGCGGCGAUGUUAUUGAAGCAUGGCUUGCCGAAUGGCGUGGUGCAGCAGCGUGGCCUGGUCACCCGCAGCCUGUACCCGUGGAAGCUGUCGGGCGACACGAGUAUGAGGUGCCACUCGAACGCCUCGUCAGGCAGACCACUCGGCUUGGUGUAGUCUGCACACAGACAGCAUUCAUGGCGGACGCAUCAAUGGAUUGAUGUGCACAAACAGGCGACACAAACACAAGCAGCCAGCCACUCACAGUUGACUGUUGGCUGACUGACCGGGGUUUGCGAUGAAUUUGGCGUUCCAGCUGCGGCAGAAGGCCUUGCCCUCGAUCGGAGACGAUAUCUCCUUCAAUAAGGCAGGGCUGGCCAAGCACACAAAUACGUACGAGAGAUCCGUCAACAGGCGCGCGGCUUCACUUACGAGGUGACUUGGAAGUUGCAGGUUUGCAGCUUAUCGCAGAACUCCCCGGCGGCAGUGCUGCACGAGUAGUGCGUCUCCGUGCACUCGGGCAUCACUAUCCUCCGGUACAGGCCCGGGUUGUCGCGACGCUCUGAGACAUGAUCCAAGAGCAGCCAGGCACAGUCAUGUAUGCCAUGCCUCCCUUCACAUGGCGCACCGAGGCAUAGGAAGCUGUCUUCCCAUGUCUUGCCGCCUUCCUUUGGCCUCCACGGGAUGCAUGUCGGGCGGCCGUCCAGACCCUUGCCCAGAGAGGUGAAGACAAUGUCGUGGCCGUGGACGUCCAUGCGCAGCACAGACGGGCAAGAAGCAAGCAUGGGUGCCUUGACACGCAAAGUGAUUUGCAAAUUCAUUCAUGAGCACCUGUGGCCACGACGCCGCAAAGCACAGAAAGCCUUUAUCAACGGGAUCCACGGCUAUGGCGACCUCCACACAAAUUUUGUCCUCUUCCGCUUGCUCCGACCAUCCCAUGUCCACGGCGGCCCGCCCAGUCCUGACACAGACGAAGCUCUUCUUCUGCGACAUGACCUCGAUGCACUCAUAGACGGACGUCGACAUCAU